CAACCAGAUCAACAGGAUCAAGGAACACAGCCGAGAGAGCCGAGGAGAUGGUGAUGAUGAUGGGGGAAGUCUCCGAGAAAGUCCUCUUCAUCCAGGACAGCCUGUCGGAGCUCGACGGUCAGCUCGGUCAACUCCAGGACCUGUCGGUGCUCGCCGUGGACACGCUCACUCUGCUCUCUGCCUCCGACAGCCUCCACCAGGCUCACCUGGCUCAGUGUCGGCCAAUCACGGCGCCCCGCUGCGUCACCGCGUCUCACCGCGUCCUGCCGCACAGCUGGACGCUGCACAGGAGCGGCGCCGACUGUGACGGGCUAGGUACGCGGCGAGCGGUGGCCAAGGCGUGUAAAAGCACACCGCCGUCUUUGCUGAAGUGCUGCACGGCAGCGAUGAGCGGACGGGCUUCCCAGGACGUCGGCGCCAGAGGGAGCAAGGGAGGAAGACAAGGACACGCUGAGGAAGGAGAGGAAGAAGCAAAGCAGGUUUCCCCGUUGGAGCAUCCCGGAGAGAAUUGUCCCGCGGUCUCCAGACCUGCGUUCCUCUCUCACAUCCAUGUUUCGCGGGACCAGACGCCCGUUGAGUCGUGUGCACCGUCCCGCUGUGGCUCCCCUCUGUCCCCCCGAGGCUUGGAGUCGCCCCAUUACAAACACUGGACCUGGGACCCCUACCUGUUCCCCAGCCGGGAGGAAACGUCCAUGGAGGAAGAGGAGGAGGAAGAGGAGGAGGAGGACGAAGAAGAGCAGCGAGAAGAGGAAAGGACACGUGAACACCUGUCCGAUGAAGAGGAGGAGGAGGAGGAAGAGGAGGAGGAGGAGGAGGAAGAGGAGGAAGAGGAGGAAGAAGAGCGAGAAGAGGAGAGGAGGACACGCGAACACGUGUCCGAUGGACAUUUCUCCAGAGCCUCGAGCGCCGCCGGGCUACUGUCCACCUCCCGAGACGCCGUGGUCGCCCCCGAGGGUUUGGUGAAUCCAGCCUUCUCUCAGGACGACGGCCGGACGAUUUCUCGGUCCAGACCUUCCAGCCAAUGGGGAAGGCCGGAGCCGAGGUCGCCCCGGUGGGCUCGGGUGUCCAGAGACCGUCCCUACGGUUACUGCCGGUCCCUGUCGUCCAGCGUGGAGAACGUGGCGUUCUCCGGGGCGCCGCUGAGUCCCACGAGGGGCUCGUUCUCUUCUUUUAACUUCAGUUUUGGGGACGACACUUCGCUGGGAUGCAGCGAGAGCAGAGGGACUACAGAUGAAAAUGAGCUUGUAGCUAUCUCUGAGUGGUCCAAGUCGUCUGACUUCAGUCAGGCUGUAGACGGCCGCGGCAAAAACCAUCACAGGAAGACCGUGAAGAUCCUGGAAAUCAGCCCUGACACGUCCCAUCUGUCUGACGGCUGCUGGAGACGGCGCCGGAGACUCAGAGGAGAAUCCACGUGUUGGUCGGCUUCAACCAGCCUCAGUCAGCUCAAUUUUGAACCAAUGGAUUUGCUGCAGAAGCAGGUGUUUUCCCAUCAGGACGUUUGGAGCCCGACCCACUCGGCGUGGAACAGCUGGGCCAGACCCACGAGCCGCAGGUCCUCUUUGCAGAGUGGGAUUGCCCUUGAAGCGAAGAGCUCCUCAUUCCAGUCCACUGACAAUUUGUAUCCGCACUAUUCAGCGAUGGAGAGAAACAAUCUGAUGCGACUGGCUCACACCAUUCCCUUCACUCCAGUCUCCUUCCUGGGAGGAGAGGAGGUCAGCAUCUACUCGAUGGAGGAAGUGCUGUCUGAAUCCAGCGCGGUGUCGGCGUGGUCGUCCCGCGGCCUGUCCGCCAUGCUGCAGCCGCUCGCCAGCGAGGAGGGCUCUCUGGACGGAGGGCUGCGGCGGGGCUGCAGGGUGCUGUGUACCUGGGCAGAACGCGACGUGCUCAGACCCGGCCUGGUGUACAUGGUCAAAGCCUUCAGGCCCGAGGUGGUUCGGGCCUGGCAGAGGUACUUCCACGGUAGCACGGCGCUGCAGCUGUGUUUAAGGGAGAUCCAGCAGCAGAGAGCAGCUCAGAAGAUGAUGAAAGUGUUCAACGAGGUCAAACCUGAUGAUAUGCACCACUCACCGAGGU